AUGAAGUUCCUUCUCGUUCUCAUCGGAUGCAUCUUCGUCGCCAUUCAAGGCCAGGGUGACACCUGCCCAUCGUGGAAGGAUCGUCAACAUGCCAAGCCAGGAAAGCUUUUCUGCUGUGACAGCACCAUCAAGACUGUUGUUGAGACUGGAAUGAAGACUUUGGAUCUCUUCGGAGCUGGAGGACCACAAACCCUCGGACCAAUUGUCCAAUCGCUUAGCAGCUUCAUCCAGCGUCAUUUCAAAGUUGCCUAUGAAGUCGUCAUGGCUCCAAAGGAGUUUGUCUUGAACACCAACUACAAUGGAACCAAACUUUGCAAGUUCCAAUCCAACAGCUACACUUUGGCUGUCUAUGAGACUCCAGAAUACUAUGACAUCAACGGACCUGGAGAGGCAUAUUUCUACAACUUCGCCGCCAACGACAAACUCAACAUUCCAUCCGUCUCGGAGCAUCUGAAAUCGUUCGGUGGACUUGCCAACUCCGCAUCUGGUGGUCUCACUGGAUCCGCCAGCUCUUUGGCUGGAAGCCUUGGAGGAUGGGGACGUUAA